AUGGCUCGUACCUUUCCAUCCACAUUCACCGUCCUUUCCAUCACCUCGUUUCGCGUUCUUGGAUCUCUUCUCGCACAGGACUCGCCGUGUCAGCCCUCUUCUCCUCCGUCUUUGGCUCUCCGUCACUCGUUUGACUUCGGUCCAUCUUUCGCUCCGUCUCUUCGUCUUUUCGGCACUCGUUCCAUCGAUUCACGGCUCAGCCUUCCUCCGUACCCCGGCAUUUCGAGGACUCUCUCGCUCGUGGUCUUUGUCUUUUGGCUGGUCCCUCCCUUUCUUCAAAAUGUCGGUGAGUGUACUUCUCGAAGUACCCUGAUGGGCUCAUCGGCACCGUUUGGUGUCAAGCACUGGCAAGUCUGCUUGCGAUCGUCGUCUGAAAUGAUGUACGCUGUAGAGCUAGUGUCGUACCCUAAGACCUCUCCCGCGGAAAAUGCACCGGAGGCAGGUGCUAGGGCGCUACUCAACGUCAGCAAUGCCUGGAUGCUUCGGCGUGUUGAGUGUGUUAUCCUCCUCACUGUCAAGCAGCCUUGUCAGUGCCUUGAGCCCUGAUCAAUGUCGUCGAGUUUGCUUCGAGAGAAGCUCUUGACAUCAAAGAUCGAUCAGUCACUGAGCACUCUCACCCUUCAUCCAUUCGUCUCAUCACAUCCAUCCUUUUUAACCGCGGCCACGAUGCCAGAUCGUUUCAAAGGUGAGAGUGGUACGUUGCAUCGACUCGGAGGACCACAUCACUGACCGUCUCGUCUCUCGUGUCAGGAUGGUCUGACCAAGCUGGUCUUCAAAGUGAACGUCACUUUCGUCAAGGGUCUCAUCGAAGCUGUCAAAUCCGACCCCGCUAAGCACCGGGGCGUCAAAGACCUGAUCGCCGACGACGCAUUCUGGCAUCUGGUUGACGGUCACAGUGCUCUUGGCCCAAACAUCGUCCAGCUUGAUUCGAGCGCUGGGUCUUACACCGCCGACCUUGAAGCAGCUCUGGAGCACAUAAAGGUGAGUCGCGAACUGAGCCAGCUUAAUGUUCUUGUCACUGAUCUCUGGAUGUCCUCGUGUCCUCAGAACGCCAUCAAGGUCUGGCAAAAGAUGGAUCCUUCUAGCAAGGUUCUGUAUCUCCACGAAACCAUGAAGAGCUGCCAAACCAUUGGGACACUUGCUAAGGAGCUGGAAGAUGGUUUUAUGGAUGUCAAUGCCAUCAUAUCAGAGCAUGAUGUGCUCGCUACCUGCUCAUACCUUGCAGCAGAGCUCUCUGUGCAGGAAACAAAGAUGCUGCUGGAAAAGGUAAAGAGCAUAGAGAGCCUGAAGAAGACGGGGAACGCGAACGAUGCUUGUAUUCGCAGCUGGCUUCGUGGAGUAGGCUGGCACAAGCUCGACAAGGCAGAGGCUCUCUUGGACGAAUUUGUGAUGGUGGAAGAGGAUGCUGAUGGAGAGUUCGAGCUCGAGGAGGAGAAAUACGAGCUCGUGGAGCUGCCGGACAGCUCUCCUGGACGUGCACGCAAGCGUCGCCGUAGCUGA